AUGGCGGAAACGUUUCUGUUCAAUAUUGCAGAAAGGGUUCUCGCCAAAAUUGGCAAUCUCUCUGUAGACGAAGUUCGCUUGGCGUUUAAUGUCAAAACCGAUCUGAAAAAGCUGGAGGACACCAUGAUCAGCAUUAAAGCUGUGCUCUUGGAUGCCGAGCGGCAACAGCACCAAAAUGAAAAGCUGCGCCUCUGUAUGUGGAAGCUCAGAGACAUCUUUUACGAUGCUGAGAACGUUAUUGACGAUUUCAAGUGUGAAGCUCUCCGGAAACAGGACGCCAUCAAUCAUCCCGACAUCAACAACUUAAAGGUGCGACUUUUAGGUUCCUGUUGUUUGCCUCUUUCAUUCUCUUUAAAAAUGAGUCAUAAAAUCAAAGACAUCAAUGGGAGACUAGGCGAACUUGCCACUGAGUGGAAAAGCUUUGAUCUAAGACAGUGUAGCGACAACCGACAUGUUUUUCGCAGAGAGACCAUCUCUUUUGUGGAUUCUUCUGAUGUUAUUGGUAGAGAUGAGGAUAAAGAGAACAUUAUUAGUAUGUUGAUGAAACCAAGUGAGGAUCGAAAUGUCCCUGUCAUUCCCAUUGUUGGAAUUGGGGGUUUAGGAAAAACCACGCUCGCUCAAUUAGUUUACAAUGAUGAUCGAAUUGCUCAGGCUGAUUAUUCAGUCUGUAAGUACAGGAGAAGAUGUGAUGAUUCAACACUUGACGCCUUGCAAGCUCGUUUGAGAAGCCUUUUGACUGAUAAGAAGUUCUUGCUCGUCCUGGAUGAUGUGUGGAAUGAAAAUAAAGCAAAAUGGGUUGAGUUAAGAAAUUUGUUGAGAUCGACGAAUGGAUUUUCUCCAAGCAAAAUUAUUGUCACCACUCGGAGUUUGAACGUGGUCUCAAUAAUGAGUUCAAUUCCCCCUUAUAUUUUGGAAGGUCUCCCUCUUGAAGACUGUUUGACCUUGUUUACAAAAUGGGCUUUUAAUGAUGGUGAUGAGAGACAUUAUCCAAAUCUCAUUAGAAUCGGGGAGGAGAUUGUGAAAAAAUGCAAAGGGGUUCCUUUGGCAGUAAGAACAUUGGGAAGGCUACUGUUUCAGAAAACGGAUGAAUCUGAUUGGAUCUAUAUAAGAGAGAGUGAAAUAUGGAGAGUUGAGCAACAUGAAAACGAUAUUUUACCAGUGUUGAAGUUGAGUUACAAUCAUUUGCCAUCUCAUUUGCAACGAUGUCUUGCUUUUCUGUCCUUGUACAAGAAAGAUGAGAUCUAUUAUAGUGAGAAAGUCAUCCGUCUUUGGAUGGCAAAUGGACUCCUUGAGCAUUCAAAGCAAAAUCAAGAGCGGGAGGUUGUUGGCAAACGAUAUUUGAAUGAAUUACUGUCAAGGUGCCUCAUCCAAAUGGAGCAGGAUUAUUUGUUUUUUUUUACCUUCAAAAUGCAUGAUCUGGUACAUGAUCUUGCAUUAGAUGUGUCUCAAAAAGAAUGUAAAACAGUGAAUUCCGAAACAGAAACGGUUGAUGAAAAUGUUCGACAUUUAUUAUUAUGUGAUGAGAAGUUGGUUGGAGUUCCACGUGUUUUGGAGGAAAUGAAAAAUGUUCGAACGGUAAUCAUCCAAGAUGCUUCAAAGAGAUCAGAGUUUGUUGAUAAAUCUCUUCUAAAUCUUUGUGUUUCCAAUUUCAAGUAUCUACGAGCAUUAGAAUUAAGGAAGUCACCAUUGAUGGCUUUACCAAAUUCCAUUGGUACCUUGAAGCACUUACGAGACCUUGACUUGGUCGGAUGUAGUAGUAUACGUGAACUCCCGAGGUCUUUCGAUAAGCUUCGCAGCUUGCAAUCGUUAAAUUUGGGAGGUACUAGUUUGAAGCAGUUGCCUGACAGCGUGCAAAGGUUGAUUGAGCUUAAACAUCUAGUAAUAACCAUUGAAGCUUCGCAUUUGAAAGAAAUACGAGCAGGAUGUUGGACUUCUCUUCAAUACUUGGGAUUGAGGAGCUGUAUGGAAUUAGAAUGUUUACCUGAAGGAAUGCAGUAUCUGAAGUCACUUCGGACACUUGUCCUGAGUUAUUGUUAUGAACUUGUCCCAUUGCCACGGAGCCUGAAACUCCUAACCAAGUUAGAACACCUUGCAAUAAAGAGUUGCAAGAGCAUGAAUUUGAAAAUGGAACCAGAAGAGGAAGAAGACAAUGAUCUUCAGUUGAGCCUUAAAACUCUCUCACUCUUGCGAUUAGAUGCCUUAACAGAUUUGCCUCGAUUGCUUCUUCAAGGAUCUUCUUCCAGUUUGCAGCAAUUACGAAUUAUAAGGUGUCCAAAUUUGUCCGUUCUACCAGCAUGGCUACUGAAUCUCACUUCUCUUCAAAAACUUGAUAUUGUGGAUUGCAGAAAAUUGUCAGCUCUACCGGAGGGAAUAGACCGCCUCACCAACCUUAGAGAAUUGAAAAUUCACGGAUGUCCGGAGUUGAACAAAAGAUACAGAGAAAAUGGGGGUGAAGAUUGGCACAAAAUUGCUCACAUCCAAAAGGUUGUUAUUACGGAUGAAGAAUGAGAUGGUGAUGGAAGAAUGAAGCAGAGGUUGAGGCAGGGCAGGGAAGACUUUUACUUUAUUUGCAUUUGGAUUUCAGUUGUAAUUCUAGUAAGUGAGCUUUUGCUUUGGAUAUAUCAAAUGGCUUCAUGGGAUGUUUAUUUGCAUAUGUAUCAACUUUUAGCUUUAUGCAUUUUUAUCUUUUCUCGUC